CGACAAAGUUGUUUUUCAUCCGCGUCGCAAAUUUCACGUGCAAGAGAUGUUCUCGUUGUAAAAUUUCUGGAUUUUCGUGGAAGUCUCGUUCUCAAAAUGUCCAAAUUUACGCAUUUAGUAGUCGACACGACGGCUUUCAUCAAAAAUGCCCAACUUCAGGACGUCGCCGAAAGCUGCUACACCGUGCAGGGUGUUGUGGACGAAAUUAAAAAUGAUCGGCAGCUAAAGCGGCUGAUAGUGCUGCCCUACAGCUUACAGGUGCGGGAACCAGACCCGGAAGUAUUGGCCAAGGUAACUGGUAUGGCAAAAAAGACGGGAGAUUUCGCUACGCUUUCGUUGGUGGAUUUGAAGGUGCUGGCUUUGACGUAUCAGCUGGAGCAGGAGCAUGUAGGAACGGAACAUCUGCGGGAGGAACCUAAACAGACUAGAACGAUAUCGUCAACGCAGAGGCCGCAGGAGCUAGUAGGAACAGGAAAAGUGCUGGGAUUUUACGAUGGUAAAAAGAGUGAAGGCAGACAACGGGGCGAAACGGAAUCUGAGAAUGUUUCAACAGAAUCAGUUGAAAGGAGUGAUGAUAACGCCGUAAUAAAAGAUGAGGAUUUUAAGAGUAAAUUCGCUGAGUUAAGCAUAGAAGAAGCAAAAGAGUUGGAGGAAGACAUUUUAGAUAUGAUCGAACAACAAGAGGUUGAAGACGAGGGUGUAGAUGAUGGAUGUGAUGAGGAGGAAUCGGAUGAAGAAGAAGGUGAACAAGAGGUGAGCGAAGACGAUGACGAUGAUGAUGGGUGGAUAACUCCAUCAAACAUUAAAGAAGUAAAGCGCGACUAUGGUACAGAUUUGUUGGAAGAGAGUGUCUCUCCUGUCGCUUGUAUGACAACCGAUUUUGCAAUGCAGAACGUCCUGAAGCAGAUAGGGUUACACAUAGCUGCGCUGGACGGUCGCGUCAUCAAACAUGCCCGAACAUACAUUCUGCGGUGCUACGCGUGUUUCAAAACCACUUCUGAUUCCUCGAAGCGGUUCUGCCCCAACUGUGGCAAUAACACACUGAAGAAAGUAGCCGUCAGCUUAGAUGCGGAUGGUCAGCAGGUGAUUCACAUUAAUACGCGCCGGCCAUUAACGGCUCGACAUAAGAACCGACCGGUAGCAAAGUUUGAUGGAGGUAAACACGCCACCAAUCCGUUGCUCUUCGAGGAUCAACCGCUCCCACAGCAGAGAAUAUCGGCCAAGGCGAAGGCAAAGACCAACGCCCUCGGAGAUGACUACACGGCCGGUUACUCGCCGUUUGUGAUGAGGGAUGUCGAUUCGCGGUCGGCGGUCUUGCGUGGAAAAUCCAACCUGAAGCAAUGGAUGAAGAACCACGAGUAUGAUAACCACCGAAGGGGUUAUAAAAAGUGAAUUAGCUCGUUAGGGUAAUGUUGAAUGAGUAAUAAAGGAGCGUUUACCUAAGCAUAA